AUGCGGAGGCAUCAAUUGAAGAUGAACUCGAAAAAGUGUGAUUUUGGGGUGUGCAUGAGAAAUUUCAUAGGAUUUUUGGUGCACCCAAGGGGGAUCGAAAUUGAUAAAAAUAAGGCUAAGGUUAUUAUUGAUGCGCCUCCUCCAAAAAACAAGAAAGGUGUGCAAAGUUUGUUGGGCCAAAUUAACUUUCUCCAAAGGUUUAUAGCAAACUCCGUGGGAAAAGUUGAAACUUUCUCAUCUUUGCUAAAACUCAAGGAUGAAGAGGAAUUUCAGUGGGAGGAGACUCACCAAAGGGCAUUCGAUGCUAUUAAAGAGUAUUUGGCCAAGCCUCCGGUGCUCAUUCAGCCAAGGCCGGGCCGACCAUUAAAAUUGUAUAUUUCGGGUGUGGAGAACUCCAUCAGAAGUCCGUUACCCAAGACAACGAUGAGAAGAAAGAGCAAGCAGUGUAUUACCUCAGUCGAAUUCUAA